GCCGAAGCCGAAGCCGAAGCCGCCCAGGGUGCCAGGGUUCCUGGCUGCACGAAGAAUGGCGGGGAGCCUGGCAGGCCGCGGCUGCCCGUCACCGUCAUCGACGAGGUGGACUCGGAGGACGAGGCCCCGCAAGAAGCCAAACCGCCCUGUGUGGGGGUCAGCGCGCCUCCCCAGCACCAGCCGCAGGCCGCCGGGCCCGGGCACCCGGCAGAGCUCCUGCGCAGAGGCGGCCACACCUUUGUGGUGGUGCCCAAGAGGAAGCCGGGGGCCCUGCAGGCCGACGGGGAGCCCUGGCCCCGAGGGGCUGAGGGAGAGGCGGUGCGCAGCCCCCCAGAGACCCCGGCCGCCCCGCUGAAGAAGCGCUACCCCGCGGCCCACGAGAUCGAGGUGAUAGGCGGCUACCUCGCCCCGCAGAGAUCCUGUCUCAGCAAAGCCGGCGCCUCGCGCAAGAAGAUGAAGAUCUCUUUCAAUGACAAGAGCCUGCAGACCACCUUUGAGUACCCGUCCGAGAGCUCCCUGGCGCAGGAGGGGGCCGAGGGCGCGGAGGGUGACGAGGACGAGGACAGUUCCGGCUCUGACGGGGCCUCCGAGCUCUUCCUGCCGCGGGUUACGUUUGUGAGCAGCGACAGCAGCGCCUGCCUGUCCAGCUACACCCCCAAGCACGCCGUGGCCUUCAACCAGUGGCAGGAGCAGAGGUCGGAGCCAGAGCCCGCGGAGCCCGAGGCCCCGUCCAGCGAGGUCAUGCUCACCCCAGCCGGCCAGGACGACCUCUCAGACUUCCGCAGCGAGCCGGCCCUCUACUUCUGAGCCCGACCUGGACCUGCGCAAGGCCAAGCGGGCUGGGAGCCGCCCUGUCUGCCCCCGGCUGGAAACCGCGCCCCCCUCUCCCUCCCAGGGGCACCCUGGCCCCUCCCCAGGCCCGGGGUCACUGCCUGUGGAGCGGGUGGUGCGUGGCCGGGGCUGGCCUGGCCGCACCCUCAGCAGGACUCGGGGCCCCGCCAAGGCCCCCGUCUCCAACAGCUCAAUAAACAGCGACGGCGA